AGCACCCAGCAGGGAACAGCAGCAGUGCCAUGGAUGAGGUGACAGAGCUGGAGCUGGGGAGCAACUCCCUCCUGAAGGCCGUGUGGCUUGGCCGGCUCCGGCUGACCCGGCUGCUGCUGGAAGGGGGGGCUUACAUCAACGAGAGCAAUGAGAAGGGGGAGACCGCCCUGAUGGUGGCCUGCAUCACCACGCACGUUGACCAGCAGAGCAUCCACAAGGCCAAGAUGGUGAAGUACCUGCUGGACAACAGAGCCGACCCCAACAUCCAGGACAARUCUGGGAAAACAGCCCUCAUGCAYGCCUGUAUCCGCGGGGCUGGAGGRGAYGUGGUGUCCCUGCUGCUGGAGAGUGGGGCAGACCCCAGCCUGGAAGAUCACUCGGGAGCCUCAGCGCUGGUCCAUGCCAUCAAUGCCGAGGACAAGGCUGUGCUGCAGCACCUUCUGAAUGCCUGCAGAGCCAAGGGGAAGGAGGUGAUCAUCAUCACAAUGGACACAUCAGCCUCUGGCACCAAGACUGCCAAGCAGUAUCUGAACGUUGCCCCUGCCCUGGAGUUCAAGGAGAGGGCUCCCCUCGAUGAGGGCACAGCCCCCUCCAGUGCUCACCUGAAAACUCCCAUCUCAGCACCUUCCCCUGCUGAGAAGGAGAGCAGCAUUCUCACCCCACACCCUUCACAGCCCGGGAAUACCGGGGACACUGAGCCACCCUCCCCAGGCCAGAGAGCUGGCACUGCCCGCAGAGCYCACCUGCCCCGGCUGAAGAGACUGCGCUCAGAGCCAUGGGGUCUGGUGGCACCCUCAGUACUGGCAGCCUCCGCGCACCGAGACGACACACAAGUCUGCACUGACCACGAGGUCAUCACGGGCAUCAGCGACCUGUCACUCUCCAAAAAGCCCUCCCUCACCCGGAGCAGCAGCAGCAAGGGCAGAGACCCCUCUCUCUUCCCCCCAGUGGAUGAGCAGGCACUGGGUCCGCUGGCAUGGAAAGAGAAGAGCCCAGGCACCCACCCACGCCUGUCCCGCAGCAUCACAGUCCCAGAGGAGCCAGAGAGCAGCAGCUCGGGAGCCAGCUCAGCUGCAGGGAUGGACGCCCCACACUGGUGGAGGUCAGGCACUGAACACAGUGGAGAUUCCCAGGUCACMGAGGCAGGGAAGGGGCCAUCAGAGAGGAGGAAGCUGAGCGGGUCCCACCUGGCCUUGUUGGAUGGUUGUGGUGAGUCUCCUUCCAGCAGCGCCAGCACAUCGCCCAGCACUGGCCGGCGCCGGCCGCCCAGCUUGCUGGAGAGGCGAGGAUCCGGGACCCUCCUGCUGGACCACAUCUCCCACACAAGGCCGGGGUAUCUGCCYCCCCUGAACGUGAACCCCAACCCCCCAAUUCCUGACAUUGGCUCCAGCAAAGGSCCCUCCCCGUUGGCUGCUGGGCUGAAGCCCCUGGCGCCCCUCGCACCCAGCUCACCCAGGCGGGGUGACCUGAGAGCUCACAGGAAGCUCCUCCGCAGACAUUCCAUGCAGGCAGAGCAGAUGCGGCACCUCUCCGAUUUUGAGGAGGUUGUGGCACAGUAACUCUGUCAUAAUUUGUUCACAGGGAGAUGGCCAAAGCUGUGCUGUCCCUGUAGAAACGGGACAGUUCCCACAUGGAGCAGGCACUG